CUUCUCAACUGAUGACGUGUGCUUUGCACAAAAAUCCCCUUGUUUUCAGUUUCACAAUAAAACCGGAUAAAGGUAUUCCUCUAUAAACCGAGGGUAUUUUUGUGUGGAUUGUGUCUUGAAACAUAAAGGAAAAUGGAAACAUUGUACCAUCAAACAAAUAAGCAAAUCCAGGAGGUGCAGUCGCUCAUGGGACGCCUGGAGAACACAGAUCGUCAGUCUGUCCACUUGUUGGAGAACGAGCUGCAGGCCAGAAUCGACCAGAUCUUCAGCCAUUUGGAACGUCUGGAAAUCCUGGCUAGCAAAGAACCGCCAAACCGGCGUCAGAACGCCAAACUGCGGGUAGACCAGCUGAAGUAUGAUGUUCAGCACCUCCAGACGGCGCUGAGGAACUUCCAGCACCGUCGCUACUCACGAGAGACCCAGGACCGAGAGAGGGAGGAGCUCAUGAGUCGUACCUUCACCACCAACGAUGCAGACACCUCCAUCCCCAUAGACGAGACGUUGCAGUUAAACUCCAACCUGAACAACGCACACAGAGGCAUGGACGACCUCCUGGGCAGCGGCAGCAGCAUCCUCACCGGACUCCGGGACCAGAGGGGGACGCUCAAGGGGACCCACAAGAAGAUGCUGGAUGUGGCCAACAUGCUGGGUCUGUCCAACACGGUGAUGAGGCUGAUCGAGAAGAGGGCCACCCAGGAUAAGUUCAUCAUGAUUGGAGGGAUGCUGCUCACCUGUGUGGUCAUGUUCCUGGUGGUCAAGUACCUGGGCUGACCAUGACCGCAACUGCCACCACAGUUUUGCGUUGGUCUUGGACAUUUUUGCACAGUAAGCCCAUAAGAUACGUGAACGGUGAUAAAAUAGGCUCGUCUUCUAAUCGGAGAGCUCCCUGAAAGUAUUGUUUUCCGAUCGGAAGGCGAGGAAUUAUCCCUCUUUUAAUUUCCAUGGGUUUUGUCACCCACUUCUAUUUCAACCACUCUUUGUUUGCACCAGGUAAAUGGGUGUUAAGCAAGACAUAUACACUGAGUGUACAACACAUUAAAGAUGCCUUCCACCUUUU